UUUACGAAACUUGCUAUGUCUACUUUCCACAGUAGAAGGCAGCAAACUGCCGCUAGGGAGGAGAAAGCGAACGCCUUUCUGCGCAGAACGAGGGACGAAGCGAUGGAGAAGCUUAAUCUGCUGCGGCUGCUGCUGUUGGGUCUCGCGGUGGUGUUGGUGGGGCUACGGCCGUCGACGGCGUUCCAGUCGGACGAGCUCCUAGUAGAGGACGAGGAAUUCGGCCUCGAAGGCUCCGCCGCCGAUAUCCCUUAUGCUCGGCCGUCGGCCCCCACCCCUAUCCGGAGGAGGUCCUCGGAUCCGGAUUCCGACUCCAAGAUCCAGUUCACCCUCGAGCACGCCUUCGGAGACUCUGAUUUCUCUCCCGCCGGCACCUUCUCCGCCCGCCUCAAGACCUGGAACCACGGCGGCCAGACGCUUACGAAGCUGCGGUUCUCGAGGAAUGCUCUCACUGAGGCUGAGAAGGAACCUUUUCAGAAACUGCUGCAAGGCGAUGACUUCUAUAGGAUAAGAUUGCCUUCCGAUGUUUUAAGCCCUCCCGGGAGAGAUUACAUUGCGUCCUCUGUCAAAGCGAGAUGUCUUCCGCGUGAUGGAUUGGACGAGCAUUUUGUUAUACACAUGGAAGGUGUUAAAUUAUUGGCUGUCAAUUAUGGUGCACCUGGGGCAUGUCCAUAUCCACGUCAAUUGAAACUUCCAUCAAAGUGGGCUUUUAAUUCACAUACGGUCUUGAAGAGCAGCGAGCAAGCACAGAGAACUCCAAUAUUUACUGAAGAGAUUACAGUUGGCGAGAAUGGAGAGGUUGGAGUUGCACCGCCACCAGAGAGGUCCUUCUGGGCUAAAUAUUGGAUGUACUUGAUCCCCCUCGGACUCAUAGUAAUGAAUGCCAUAACCCAAGCAAUGAACAUGCCUGAGGAGCAGGCAGGCGCUCAAGGACAACCGGGUGGAGGGGCAGCCCAGCGAGCUCCAAGUUCGGCGGUGAGAAGAAGAUGAUGAUGAUGGCGACCGUCUGUUUUUUGAGAUCAUGUGAAACUUGCUUAAGGUCAUGAAUGGAGCAAUACCAUCAUUUGCUGUCAUUGGAGUCCAUACUUUCAGAUAGUUCUGAUUUUGUUUUAUCAUUGGAUCCGGUAUAAGAAGCAUAUGGCAUGGUAAUAUGGAUCCAGUGGAACUUAUGACUUCUGGUGGAGCUGAAUCUCCCGUGUAGCAAAUGGCUUCUAACUAGGAUUCCAGGUUCAGGGAGUUGGUCUGUGUUCUUUUAAGCACUUCAGAUUGUUAGGUGUAUACUUCUAAUGAUUUAUUACGAUCCAUUGUGCCCGGGCUCUUUGAUUAUUAAAGAUAUCCAUCAGUACGGCCACAAGGUUGGAUAUUGAA